AUGGCAGACGAACUGGAUUACCUCUAUCCAGAUUUUGAUCUAAACUCUCUCACCGUCCCUCGACUUCGCUCCAUCCUCGUCAGCCACGAUGUCCCCUAUCCUGCCUCUGCAAAGAAGGCUCAACUGAUCGGCAUCCUCCACGAUGAGGUCCUCCCGCAAGCCAGAAAACUCUUGCGCGAUCGCGACACAGUGCGACGCACCAGUGCAGGUAUCACAGACAUGAGCAGUCGGUCAACAUCGGUAACUAGCGAUGCGAACGAAAGAGAAUCAAUGCCUCCUCCAGCCACACCUUCCACAGUCGGAUCGACGACCAGGGGCCCGAAAGGAUCAUCGCGACGCACCGUUCGUCACUCAACAGCAGACUUUGAUGAUGCUCCCGCUACACCCGCCAGGAGCACGAAGCGCACGAGCGUUGCUCGGUCGGUGGGUAAACACGCUCGUACGUCUGAUACAGAGACCGGUGAUGACGCGCUUGCCACUCCAGUGGCUGCUCCCCGUCCUUCGCCUCGGAAAUCUACAGCCAGAAAGGUCCGACGAAGCGAAGUUAUUCCCUCGACAGAAGUGGACGAAUAUAUACCUGGCAUUAAAUUAGAACCGCGCGAUGAGAGCAUGUUUACGGAUGACAACCCUUUCCAAAGUGGAAGCCCCGAGGCUCCUAAGAGUGCAAGGAUGAGCUAUGAUAACAAGCGCAAGAGCCUUCCGCGCUUCUCUACCGAAAGCCCAGCCCGAGGCCGUGGAGUGAGAUCGCGGAAAUCAGCAACACCUUCCAGCAUCCAGUAUGACGAUGGUUUCCAGCCUCCCAAGCGGGAUUCGUUUGACUUCGCUUCGCGAUUGAUGCCCCCACAGGAGGAGCCCGAGGAGGAGUCAGAAGAAUCUGAGGAUGAUGAAGAAAGCGUAGUAGGUGCGGGUGAAGAAUUCACACCGGAUGAACAGCUCGCUAUGUCUAUGCAGGAUGUUGCGUACUCGCCACGGGUCCAGCCUCGCCGGCGGCCUCAAAAGCAAGGAACUCUUAGCCGCCUGGCUCCUUGGGUAGUCCUACUUUCACUGGCUGGCAGUUUUGGCACUUGGUGGCGCAAAGAAAAGCUCGAGAUUGGAUACUGCGGCUUGGGAAAGCCCACCUGGUCGUUGGCCGAUACCAAGGUCCCUGAUUGGGCGAAUGUUUUGGAGCCUCGAUGCGAGCCGUGCCCCAGCCAUGCCUUCUGCUACCCAGACUUUGAAGUCCGCUGCGAGAAUGAUUUCCUCUUGAAGCCGCAUCCUCUUGCACUUGGAGGUCUUGUGCCGUUGCCCCCAACGUGUGAGCCCGAUAGCGAAAAAGCACGCCGUGUGAAGGCUGUUGCUGAUAAGGCUGUUGAGGAGCUUCGUGAGCGCCGAGCAAAGUGGGAAUGCGGUCAGCUAAAGGAAGACGGCAAGGAUGCCAGAUCUCCCGACAUCAGCGAGCUGGAUUUAAGGGAAGAGGUGGCCAAAAAACGCCGCCGGGGCUUGAGCGAUGCGGAGUUCGAUGAGCUCUGGAAGGGGGCGAUUGGCGAGGUCCUAGAAAAAGAUGAAGUUAUCAGCAAGACCCAACAAAAUUCUGCCGUCCUCGUCCUCUCCUCUACCUCCAUUGCACGGCUCCCACUCGCGUGCGCCGUCCGCCGCCACUUCCGACUCGCUCUCCUCGCGUAUCGACUCCCUAUUUCACUUCUAAUCUUGACCUUUGCUCUGCUUGUGUAUGCUCGCGCGCGUGUCCGCGCCCGUCGCUCUGAUAUUGCUCGCGUGCCCGAGCUCGUAGCCACAACUCUCGACCGACUAUCUACGCAAGCUGCACUCUACGCCCGCGGCGAUGCCAAAGAACCCUAUAUCGCUAUCGGCCAACUCCGCGAUGACGUCCUCCGCUUCGAACUACAAGGCAAGCGCCGCGAGGAGCUCUGGCGUCGGGUUCGCAGCUUCGUCGAGGGCAAUGCUAACGUCCGUGCCUCUGUCCGCGAAGGACGUAGCGGUGAUGUUUCCCGAGUCUGGGAGUGGAUCGGAGGUAUCAAUGCUGUUGACUCGGAACAUACCGGUCGCCGUGAGAGUACACGGUUCCCAAUCCUUUCCCCAUCUGGCAACAUUGCAACCAGCCCUCACACUCCUGCGGGUGAAACCAAACCUGACCCUGUUUCGAGUCCAAGAGAGUCUCGCCGCUGGGAUGAGGGUCGUCCGAUCUAUUGA